AUGUGCUACGCACAUGCGCGGUGGGGAGAGAGUAACGUUGAUCGGGGCAUCGGCGAUCUGAUGACGGCGGGCAAUCCUACCGUUGGACUGGCAGCACACGUUGGUCAGACGGACGUGCGAAUCACCGCAAAGGCGGACACGGAAGAGGAAGCGGAUACGCUCGUCGCUGGGAUGGAGGCAAAACUCCGCGAGCGGUUGGGCGUCGCCGUCUAUGGUGUGGGGAAGGUAACGGUGGCUGAGGUUGUUGGCGAUUUGAUGCAGGAGAAAUCGAUGAAGUUGGGCGUAGUCGACACGCUCACCGGCGGUCAACUCGCGCGGGAUCUUAUUGAGUCCGGUUACUCCGACUUAGUUGCGACCGACCUCUCUCCGGCGAACUUAACGGAGGCGUUGAAAGAUUCGGGUGCUGACGCUUCCAACUCUCCUGAUGUUGAGGAGGCACGUUCCCACGCUGUUUCUCUUGCAGAGCAGGUGACACCGCCCGGCGGCAUAGGACUUGCAAUGAUUGGUCCCUUUGAAGAUUCUUCCACCUUUAUCGCCAUGAAUGGGCCGGGGGAAGUGUGUCUCUUUGAACGGAGUCGCAACUAUCAGGAUUCCGACCAUAUUCGUCGGUGGUUGGCUGUCCAAGCGUUUGAUUGGAUUCGUCGCACGUUGUUGGGGACAGAUGAAGUCGCCGGUGGAUUGGAAUUAACUAGAGGAGAUAGUGCUAAUGGCAAAACUUGA